AUGGCUGCGACCGUCAACAAACCCACCGACAUCAAGCAGAAGGAGGCCGACAUCAAUCGGAAGGUCCAAAUCUACGGCAUGGUCAGCGCCUUUUCCCGGGGCAAGGUCCCUUCAAAUGACCACGGAUCGCCUACUGCCAGCUAA